GAGGACUUGUUUCGAGUAUAUCAAGGUUCGCUGCUCUCGUAAAGCUAGAAAAUCAAGAUUGACUCUGUGCGCUUGCUUGGAGACGUUACAAUGGAUUUACCAGCAUCCGAGCUCGGCGCUGAGCAACAAAGGGAAGGCGUAACCGUGGCUUCCAUGCGCGAGAGAGCACGCGAUGGCUAUCCGUCCUUAGCAGAGCUGAUGCACUCAAAUCCCGAUAACGCCAUAUUUCGACGAUUCGGAGAGCUCAAUAUGCUGCAUUUGUUGCGAUUGCAGGCAGAAUUGCAAAACAUGGAAUCUGAGCUACAAAAGAUAAGAGAGGAAGACGCAAUGUCGAACGAUCCUAUUCGCGAGUGCUAUGCGAAAGACUUCACGGCUAUGCGCGACAAUGAAGAAAUCGGAGAUUCAGAGCAGUACGAGCAGGUCAUCAAAAUCGGAACGAAGCUACAAGAAUACAACGCGGCUUUGAACCUUGUACUGCAAGUGACAAAGGCCAAAGAGCCGACAGAGGCUGAACUGAAGCGUCUAUUAGGCUGGUUAUCUAGAGCGAAAGGAGGAAACGGCUUUCUCACGGGUGAAGAGGCCAGAGUAUGGCAAGGGAAUGAUUCAUCCGAAUACAUCACGCUGUUCCCGCGUGACCUCGAAGAUGAUGCUUUCACGACUUUCCUGGGUGGUCGCUUGCUGGAUAUGUAUCAUGGCAUCAUUGGAUAUAAGAGACGCAGAAAGUACGGCACGGGCGCCCGUGAUUCUGAGCUACGCAAGUACUCAGUGCGGCGAAUUGGCAAAGCCAGCAAUAUUGCCGUUGCUGCUGUAUCAUCCAUUCUGCCGACCUUGGUAAUCCUCGGCCUCUACUUCGUGAAGCGUAUGAUCGUAAGAAUCGGGCUUGUGAUCCUUUUCACAGCAAUCUUCUCCGUCGCACUUGCAGUGUUCACAUCUGCUCGCAAAGUGGAAAUCUUCUCUGCAACAGCAGCGUUCGCCGCUGUCGAGGUGGUCUUCAUUGGAAGUAGUAGCACCAAUGGUACUGGAUAGCAGGAACCUUCUUGAUCCAUUCUUCGAGUGUUAUAUGUUGUAGUUGAAGUGAGUAACAAGAUGGUGUUUAUUUCACGAGCCAAAAGCAAAGACCAAUAAUCCUAAAAUCCUGAAUUGC